GGACGGGCCUCCCUGUUUUGAGCGGUGGGCCAAAGCGCACGGCGGCGUCCAUUUUUCCUCCGUGCACCCGGGCUGGGUCGACUCGCCAGCGGUUGCCGUGGCGAUGCCGGAGUUCCACCGCAUCAUGCGCGGGAAGCUGCGGACGGCGGAGCAGGGGGCCGACACGGGCGUGUGGCUGGCGGUGUCCAGAGCCGCCGCCGCCGCCGCCGCCACGCCCAGCGGGCUGUUCUUUCAAGAUCGGCGGGCGGUUCCGACCCAUUUGCCCCUGGCCUGGACCCGCAGCACCCCGGAGGAGGAGCAGAACUUCAUGACUCAGCUGGACAAGCUGGCCAAGUCCUUCCGGACCCCCGCGGUGACCCGGUUCAGCCUGGUCAAACCGCUCUCCGACCAGUUCAUCGUCAAACCCACCUUCUGAAAGCUUAAGGCCCGGUUUAGACCACAGCCUGACCCAGUAUCCGCACUGCAC